UGUUCCCACUGCGUCACAGUAUUCGGAGAGCAGCCAUGGCUUCACAGCCUCAUAUUUACCACUGCAUGUCUGCAUCUCCCCUCUCUGCCUUCCAACUCACUCUUUAUCGAUCUUUCUCUUUCUGUGAUCACCCGAUCUUCGGAAUGGAGGCCGAUUUGGGAGCGUCUGAGGUGGUGGCGGUCGUCGGAGAGAGAUUUUGUAGCCAGGCGGAGCGGGAGCUGACGAUCCGAAAGACGUCCCUCUUCUUCCCCGGCGACGGUUUUGCAGCCUACGACCACGAAACCGGAGAUAUGGUCUUCCGAGUCGACACCUAUGACCGCAGUGGCUCCCCUGCUUUCGCCGACCGCCAGAUUCUGCUCAUGGAUCCUUCCGGCGAGCCCAUCGUCACCCUCCGCCGCAAGUUGCCGAGCUUGCAUCAGCGGUGGGAGGCUUUCCUCGGGGAGAGGAAAGAGGGACAGCGGCCCCUUUUUGCGGUGCGGCGUUCCUCCAUCUUCGGCGGUGAUAGGGGCGGCUUCGCGGUGGAGGUGGAAUCGGACGAGUACCGGAUCGAGGGGUCCUUCUCGCAGCGCUGCUGCCGGCUUCUCUACGAGGGCAGCGGAGGAGGAAGAGCGGUGGUGGUGGCUGAGAUCAAGCGCAAGGUGGACGCUUUGUCGCACGUGGUGUUGGGGAGGGACGUGUUCUCGCUGUACCUUCAGCCGCACUGCGAUUCCGCGUUCGCGAUGGGUCUCGUCAUCGUCCUCGACCAGAUCACCGGCGACGACGAGGAAGAUGAGGAGCAGGUCGAUUCUCCGAUGACAGAGAUCUCUUGUAACCGUUAAUAGUUAAUUAUGGUUAGUUCCAGGGACUUAUUCGAUAACUCCUCCUGUGCUAAGAUUUAAUAAUAUAUAUAAUUGAGUGAUUGUUAGUCUUCAAAA